AUGGCUUUUACUCCGUAUCAAUUAUUUUUAGCCGGUCUUAUGUUAAUUACUGGAAGUAUCAAUACUUUAUCAACAAAAUGGGCUGAUCGACAAACAUCCCAUUUUUGUGAUGGAUCCGGUACAAAUAUUACAUAUGAACAUCCAUUUCUGCAAGCUGUUGGCAUGUUUUUGGGUGAAUUUUUAUGUUUAUUAGUAUUUAAAUUUGUUUGGUAUUCAACUGCACGUUAUCGUAUUGAACGAAUGGUCUAUAAAGGUGAUGCAUCAUCUCCUAUAGUUCGUUGUUGGCCAAUUAAUGUACAAAAAGAUACACGAUUAGUUGAUGGUGAACAAACAUUUAAUCCAUUUAUAUUUUGGAUUGCAUCAAUAUGUGAUAUGCUUUCAACAUGUUUAUCUUAUAUUGCAUUAAAUUAUACAAGUGCAAGCUCAUUUCAAAUGUUACGAGGUUCAGUUAUGGUUUUUACUGCUAUACUUAGUGUUUUAUUUCUUCGAAAGAAAUUAACAUGGAAACAUUGGCUUGGUAUUCUUACUGUUGUUAUUGGUCUUACUAUUGUUGGUGUAUCAGAUAUUAUAUUUUCAAAACAGCCUGAAGGUAGUCAUACAAAUACAGAAAAAAUUGCAGGUGAUGCACUUAUACUUGUUGGAAUGUUAUUUACUAGUUUUCAAGUAGUAUAUGAGGAACGUUUUAUUGGUAAAUAUAAUAUUCCACCUUUACAAGCUGUUGGUUGGGAAGGAAUAUUUGGAUUUUGUACACUUGGUCUUCUUCUUAUACCAUUUUAUUUUAUUAUUGUUCCAACAUCAAAUACUGGUCCAGAUCAUCGUCUUGAAGAUAUUUCAUCAGCAUUUUGUCAAAUGCGUGGUAAUUGGAUUAUUAUUCUUGCAACAAUUGGAAAUAUUUUAUCUAUUGCAUUCUUUAAUUUUGCUGGUAUAAGUGUAACUAAAGAAUUAUCAUCAACAACACGUAUGGUACUUGAUAGUGGUCGAACAUUAAUUAUAUGGAUUGUAUCAUUAGCAUUAAAAUGGCAAUCUUUUUAUUUAUUACAAGUAUUAGGUUUCAUAAUGUUGGUUAUUGGUAUGGGUAUUUAUAAUGGUGUAUGGGAACAUUUAUUUCGUCAAUUUGUAACACGUCCACCAAUAUCAAGUGAACGAUCACAAUUAUUACCUAGUCAUGAUGAUGUUACAGUAUAUGAAUCAACUGAAAAUAGAUCAAGAGAUACAAAUGUUCCUGUUGUAUCAGUUUCUGAUAAUAUUAACACAUAA